AUGCAAAAAUCAAAAUCUUCUGAGCAUCACCCUCUGUGCGUUGUCGAAAAGUUAUCUCCCGAUAAACUCCCCAGCAAUAAAAGAAAUAAAGCAGCUUCUCCUCCCAGAGAACAAAAUGAAGAAAAAACUCUUUCAAGUAACGGUAAUUCUAAACCCAAAAUUAAAAGAAAAGACUUUACAAAAGAUUAUGGGGCUGGUGAUUCAUCCGUAUGCAACAUUAUAAAGCAAGCAGAAAAAAUUAAAAAUUAUUUAUGCAAAUCUUUUGACCAAAAAGGGCCUUGAAAGCCAAAAAAAAAGCAAAAAAACCAAAAUCCUCAUCUUGAUAAAGCUCUUCUUAUCUGAAUUAACCAAUGGAGAAGCAUCGGCUUACCUAUUUCUGACAGCCUUAUGAUGGAAAAAGCCAAAGAACUACAAAAUAAAAUUGAAGCGCUUACAGGAGACCAAAGCAGUUUUUCCGGCUCAUAUGGAUGGCUUACUGAAUUUAAGUCAAGAUACGGAAUAAAAAAUGUCGAUACCUGUGGAGAUCAGCUAUCAGCAUCAAUAAAAGAAAUCCCAAGCUUUAUCAAAGAACUCAAUAGAGUUAUUAUAGAAGAAAACUAUUCAGCUGAACAAAUUUAUAAUUGUGACGAAACAAGCUUAUUUUGAAAAAUUCUACCAAGUAAAAGUGCACAAAUUUUAAAUGAAACUCAUGAUUAUAAGAUACUGAAAAGCAGGGUUAGCAUUUUACUUUGUUGCAAUACAGCUGGAACGCAUAGGCUACCUUUAUUUAUUACUGAAAACCAAAAAUGCAGCGAAACAAAUGGGAAAAUGACGAAUUUUAAAUUUAAAAAUUGGCUGAAAAAUACAUUUAUUCCAGCAAUAGCAACACAUCUACAGUCCAUAAAUUUGCCAACCAAAGCCUUACUACUUUUAGAAAACUCUAAAAUUCAUACAUUGCUCACUUCAGAAAAGGAAAAUGAAAAUCUAAAAAUUCUUUAUUUUCCUAACAAUACCACACUUUUAUUGCAGCCAAUGAGCCAGUCAAUUAUUUCAUCUUUCAAGCGAAAUUAUAAAGAAAAUUUUCUUAAGCAGCUAUUUAAAUAUUAUAAAGAUAACAAAAAGGACAAAAAAAGCAUUAUUCAAUUCCUGUCUUCAUACGACAUAAAUCAGUGCAAUAUUAACCUUUCUGAAGGCUGGAAUUGUAUUCCUGAAACUACUAUAAAGUCUGCUUGAAGGAAGCUAGGCAUAAAUCCAGAGGCAAUACCUGAAAAUAAUGAAAAUUCAAUACAUGAGCUUAAAAUCGAUGCCAAAAAAGUUUUAGAGCUGGAAGAAAGCGAACUUCAAGAGUAUUUAGAGCAGGAAAAUAACGCAAAUAGCAUCAGAGAUUUAUUAAAUGAUGAUGAUAUUAUUGAGCAAGUUAUAAGUGAAGAGGAAGAAGAUGAAUAUGACAAGAUAGAUCGCCGGAGCGCUUUAAAAGGUUUUCAAAUUAUUAUACGAUAUUUGGAACAAGAAUGCUUCAAGGCGAAUGAUGUUAAAUACGUUCGAAGAUUGAUGCAGAGGACAGAAAAAAAACCCUCAAAUGGACUAAAGAAAUUAAAGGUUCAAGAGUGGUACGAAAAUGGGGAAAAUCAAAUCAAUUAA